AUAUGCUGGACGUCGGCUGAAGUAGCAUAGGCGUCUCUCGUAUUGUUACUCAUUUAUCGGACAGAAGCGCCACUAUUCAUUUAAAGACAGCGGGAGACUGAAUAGCUUAACCUGACAGCAGAUCUGAGGACCAGCCAUCGCUCUUCCUAACAACGGGCCGAUCCCCCUAGUCGUGUUAUAUCCCUGCGUAUAAGUCAAGACCCACUUAUACUCCCAACGACCACCACCAUCACUCAUCACAAUGCCCCUCUCAACAUGUCAAACCGUCCUCACGACUUCGGUCUCACUACUCCUAAAGACAUCCGCAUCACUUCUCCUCCUCAUAAUCGUCAUCAUCCUCGCCAUCUCAAUCUACAGACUCUUCCUACACCCCCUAGCCGGUAUUCCCGGUCCUCGUCUAGCCGCCCUCUCCAACAUCUGGCACGCCUACCACGCCCGCAAUGGCCGCAUGUACCAGCUCGGCAAGACUCUGCACAAACGGUAUGGACCCUUGGUGAGAGUUGGUCCUAAUGAGCUCUGGUUUGAUAGCAAGGAGGCGUUUAAGAGUAUUUACAGUGCGGGAAGUGGGUUUGAGAAAUCAGAUUUUUACCUCUCAACCGCUCUCACCAAACCCACCCUCACCCUCCACCCCUUCAAGUUCCCCCCCUCUCCCCAAGUCCACCUCCCCGACACCCUCGACCUCCUCUCCGAGCGCUUUAUGUCUCGCUACCGCCUCCAACGCCGCCUCAUCGGCCCGCUCUACCAAACCUCCUCCCUCCGCAAAUUCGAACCCCAAAUCGACGCCGUUUUGGGUCAAGCCAUCGCCCAACUGCGCAGUCUCAAAGGACAAGAAGUCGAUCUAAAGGAGUGGAUGCACAUCAUCGCCGUCGAAUGUUUGGGCGCUGUGGUGCUGGGUUGGUCGCCGGGGUAUAUUCGACAAAAAAAUGAUGGGGGGACGAGUGCGCAGGGGUAUAGGGGGUGGAAGAGGAAGAGUUUGUUUGGACUUUUUCCGGGGGUUACGAAGAUUGGUUUCUUGGAGGGGGGGGUGAGGGGGAAGAUGGGAAAGGGGGUGGGGAGGUGGUUUUCCAACGCUUGGGGUGUUACUUUCAGCACGCCGAAGGGCUUCAAGCCGUUUUUUACGCCGGUUUAUCAGAAGAGUUCGAAGCGGAUCGCGGCUGCGCUUAAGGGGGAGGUGCUGGAUCCGAGGGCGAAACCGUCGAAGUCGAAGAAGAACAAACCCGCCAAGCAGGCUGCAAGGCCGAAUGAUUUACUGGAAGAUUUGAUACAGCUGCAUAAAUCCAAGCCUAACCUCUUCACGGAGACCUACCUCCGCCGAAUGGCGACGACGAACUUUGGUGCCGGACACGAGACGCUUUGUUCGGCUUUGACGGCUUGUAUGGCGAUGAUCGGGACGCACGAGGCUGUUCAGGAGAGGGUGGCGGAGGAGGUUGGGAGUCAUCUGAAGGAAAGUGGGAGUGGGACGGUUCCGUUUGAUACUACGGCUAGACAACUGCCGUAUACGUUAGCGGCGAUUAAAGAGGCGCAGAGACUGCAUCCGGUUAUUGCUAUGAGUCUUUCGAGGACCGUUCCAAGGGGGAAGGGUGGAGGGGUGGUGCUGGAUGGACACUGGGUGCCGGAGGGGACGACGGUGGGGUGUAACCCCGUUUCUCUCCACCGAAAUCAGGAAAUCUUCGGUGUCGACGCUGAUGUGUAUAACCCGAGCCGGUGGCUAUCCUCGUUGUCUGCCUCCAGCUCCUGCUCCAUCUCCGGCUCAUCGAAUCCCAACUCCGAGUCCGACCCCGAGCCCGAGCCCGAACCCGAGUCUGAGUCCGGAUCCACAUCCACGUCCGCGACAUGGACUGAAGAAAGCGAAAAGAAAAGACUAAGAGAAAUGCUCCACCUAAACCUCACCUACGGCGGCGGCGCACGCACUUGCCCCGGCCGCCAUCUAGCCGAACUGAUUCUCUGGAAGGUGGUGCCGAGAUUAGUGGCGGAGUUUCGGGUCGAGGUGACACAUAUGCCGGGUGAGGAGGACAUGGAGAGGUAUUUUAUGAGUAUGUUGACGGGUGUGAAGGUGAGGUUUUUGGAGAGGGAAGGUGGUGGUUCUUAGGGGAGUGA